GGUAUUGGAACAAAGAUUGGAAGCCUGGUCCAUAUCCGAAAACAGCAGAGGAACGAGAAGCAGCUGCUAAAAAGUAUGGCAUGAGACCAGAGGACUACGAUGUCUAUCCAGAUGAUGGAAUGGGAUAUGGUGAUUAUCCAAAAAUCGAAGCCGUGUCAGGAGAGUCUAGAAAUCCAUACUACAACUGGGAUUAUCCUUAUCUGAGAAAGGACUAUGGAGAGCCGCUACAUGUAGAUGCUGAUUUAUAUGGAGAGGACAGAAUAAAUGUCAGCGGGAAACUGAGAUAUAGCAUAAACCAGCAGUUUGCAGCAUUGUUUGGUGUUGUGACAGUAUUUGGAAUCCUGUUUCUUCUUGGGCAGCGGUACAAACUGUAUCAGCCAUUGUUACCAAAGCAGUUUCCUUAUGGCGGGCUGUGGGUGGAGAAUGGGCACGACCCAGCAACGAUGCCCGACAUAACGCAUUACACGUUUGAACCAGUAGAGUGAGCUGGCUCUCUGCAUGUGGAGAGUCGUCGCCAUUGUUGCCAUGGCAAAGCAAACCUGUCUGGUUGCUGUCGGCAACCUUCUGUGGGCAAGUGUCAUCGUUCACAGUGGCAACGUUAUAAUUCAGUGCCACGCUUGUAUUCCUCUGGAUGGUUUAAAAUGUUGCAAGCAUGCUCUACGUUGAUGUGUAUUCAUUGAUCAGUUGGCCCAUGAUCCAGCAUUAUUGUUUCAACCUAGUUUGUAUAGUGGGAAAAAUAAUUUGCAUCGCGGCAAAGCCAAAAAACAGCAUUAUUGUAAUAGCUGAUAUAAAAUGCAGACAGAUCAGCUAAAAGCAUCCGUAGAAGCUCUUGUCAAUAAUAAAUUAUUAUUUGUUUCACAAAAAUAUUUUCCAUUGACUAUUUUUAUUCAUACAAUUAUCAUUCAGUCAGCGGUGGCCAUCUAAACUAUUUGCAUACGUUACGUAAGGCAUAUUUAUAUUUAUUAUCAUUUAUACAGUACCUUCAGAGUUAGCAGCGGGAUGAUACCGUGAGCUUUUAAUAUUAAAAAUUGAUGAGACAAUUUACAUUUCAUGAAAUUUUAAUGAGUAUACACGUUUCUAAGCUAACGUGCAGUUGUAACACGGCUGUUAGGUGAAUGUGAAAGAACCAAUUUUUGCCUAGGUUAUCUACAUAAUACAUAGCCUUUGUUGGCAGUAUUGAGAGCAUGGUUAUUUCUAGACUACCAUCAUAAAAGUCUUAUGCCUGAACUCGAGCUCUGGCUAAAAGUUGUUCUCGUACAUUCUGCAAGAUGCAUGAAUCCAAGUACC